GGUUUCUCUUUGCUUCUUGCUGUACAGACUACCACCGGCUGGCUGGUUCGCUCUGAGGCAAGGCUCUGGAUUCUCCACCCCAGAUCCUGGUUCACCCUCAGGACCAGCUACUUCAGGGCUCUGGCCCAGCCAAGAUGAGCUGCAGAGCAUCUGGCCAACCGCCUCCCACUAUCCGCUGGCUGCUGAAUGGGCAGCCCCUCAGCAUGGCUACCCCAGACCUACAUAACCUUCUGCCUGAUGGGACCCUCCUGAUACGUCGGCCCCAUGUCCAGGGACGACCCCAAGAUGAUCAGAAUAUUCUCUCAGCAGUCCUGGGUGUCUACACCUGUGAGGCCAGCAACCGGCUGGGCACAGCAGUGAGCCGGGGUGCUAGGCUGUCUGUGGCUGUCCUCCAGGAGGAUUUCCAGAUCCAGCCUCGGGACACAGUGGCCAUGGUGGGCGAGCGGCUGGUUCUUGAGUGUGGGCCACCCUGGGGCUACCCGAAGCCCUCAGUCUCGUGGUGGAAAGAUGGGAAGGCCCUGGUCCUUCAGCCAGGGAGGCACACCGUGUCUGGAGAUUCCCUGAUGGUGGCAAGAGCAGAGAAGAACGACACGGGGACCUAUAUGUGUAUGGCCACCAACAAUGCAGGGCAACGGGAGAGCCGAGCAGCCAGGGUGUCUGUUCAGGAGUCCCGGGACCACAAGGACUACCUGGAACUUCUGGCUGUUCGGAUUCAGCUAGAAAACGUGACCCUGUUGAACCCGGAACCUGUGAAAGGCCCCAAGCCUGGACCAGCUGUGUGGCUCAGCUGGAAGGUGAGUGGCCCUGCUGCACCUGCUGAGUCAUACACAGCCCUGUUCAGGACCCAGAGGGACCCCAGGGACCAAGCAUCUCCAUGGACAGAGGUGCUGCUGCGUGGCUCUCGGAGUGCAAAGCUUGGAGGCCUUCUCUGGGGCCAAGACUACGAAUUCAAAGUGAGACCAUCCACCGGUCGGGCUCGAGGCCCGGACAGCAAUGUGUUGCUCCUGAGGCUGCCAGAACAAGCUCCCAGUGCCCCACCUCAAGAAGUGACCCUAAAACCUGGCAACAGCAGCGUCCUUGUGACUUGGGCUCCACCACCUGCUGAAAACCACAACGGUGUCAUCCGUGGCUACCAGAACUGGACUGUAGUGGGUGAACAGACCCAGCUGGAGAUCUCCACACGUGUGCCAGGCUCCUACUGUGUGCAAGUGGCUGCAGUCACUGGUGCUGGGGCUGGAGAGCCCAGUAGCCCUGUCUGCCUCCUUUUAGAGCAGGCCAUGGAGCAGUCAGCCAGAGACCCCAGUAAACAUGCUUCCUGGACCCUGGAUCAGCUGAGGGCCACAUUAAGACGACCAGAAGUCAUCGCCAGUUGUGCUGUCCUGCUCUGGGUGCUGCUACUAGGCAUUGCUGUGUGUGUCUAUAGACGGCGCAAAGCUGGGGUUCACCUGGGCCCAGGUCUGUACAGAUACACCAGUGAGGAUGCCAUUUUAAAACACAG